UUGAAAACAAAAUACUGAAAAAGCAGUUUCUAGAAACGAGAGUUCAAACUUCAAACGGCCAAAACCCCCCAAAUCUCCGGUUCGCUUCACUCCGAUCCUCUUCGAACUUCAACAACAAUAUCAUUCUCACCAGAUUUGUGGCAAAACUUUCUACAAGAUGCAUUAGUUAUGGAUUGGACAGAAAACCGACAAUGUGUAUUAUGUGACAAAGGCGAUGGCAAUCUCUUAGUUUGUACCGAUGAUGGCUGCCCGAUUUCCGUUCAUAAGAAUUGUAUGGGUUGCGAGGCUCAUUUUGAUGAUGCUGGAAACUUUCACUGUCCUUAUUGUGUUUACAAACAGUACACACAAGAAGCUAGUCAAUUAAGGUCAAAGGUUAUGCUGACCAAGAAAGCUUUGUCAACUUUUUUUGAGGCACACGUGCGAGAUGACAAGCAUCAAGAGCCGGUAGUUGAGAUGGAUAAUAAAGAAGAUGAAGUUUCAUCAAAAGAUAAGUUAGUAGAUGACACUACUGUUGUCGAUUUAGAGAAUCAUGAUGAAGUUCCCGACACUUUAGUACCCGAAAAUACUAAUGAAGCUGUGAACCGGAGUGAAGGAGUACAUGAGGUUAAUGAUGUAAAUAGUUGUAGGAUGAUGGUUGUUUACAUACCGAACUCAGAUCAUGUUAGUAAAAGAAUGAAAGUUGACCGACAAACAGAAAAUGGCGAAUGCACAUUUAAAGUCGUUGACCAAGCGAAAAAGUCAAAAAGUGCAGAUAUAUGGUUAACCAUAGAGGAGCAAUAUACAUGCAAAAAACGAAAGACAUCAGUGACAUUCAACAUGAACGGAAGAAAAGAAGAGCCCAUUAUGAGCAAUAUAAUGUUCGACAGGACUAAAAGAGGUCGGGUUCUUUGGAGUGAACAAGAAGAAGAGAUGCUUAAGGAAGGAGUUCAAAGAUACUCGGUAUUAACGAAAAAAAACCUACCCUGGAAGAAAAUUUUGGAAUUUGGUCGUCAUGUCUUUGAUUCGUCACGUACCCCUAGUGACUUGAAGGAUAAAUGGAGGAAGAUUGCAAAGUAAAACUCCAUGUAAGCCGUAACUUUUCAGUCAAGUUAGUUUAAUAUGAACAUGAUUAGUUAGAACUGAGUUUUGAACUUUUUUAUAAUAGAAAAGGUGAAAUUUUAGAGAACAAAUUUGAUU